AAUUGCUAUCUAAUUGGAAAAACGUACUAUCCUCUCGAAAUGGCGGAAGAUAACUCAUGGAAAACGAGUAACUUUCGGCAAAGUGUCGUCAAUAAAAUUAACGAGGCCAUACAACAAACUGGUAUGACGUCGUCGAAAAAUGGGAUUGAAAUGGAAAAUCAUGUAUUUCACAAGGCUCGUAAUAAGGACGAGUACCUCGGGUUCGUGGCCCGACUGAUUCUGCAUGUCCGGGAGAUGAAUACGAAACAUAAAAAUCAACAAAAUGCAGCCGCCGCAGCUCAGCAACAGGCGCAGCAAGAAGGUGGUGGUGGUACAAGCCAGCAGGGAGGAGGUAUGCCGGACCCUAUAAACGCGCUACAAAACCUGGCAUCGCAAGGGACCCGUCCUCAGAUGAUGGGUCAAAUGGGGCCCGGAGGACCGAUGGGUGGCCAAAUGGGUCCCGGGAAUUCAUCGACCCUGUUGCACUCUUUGCGACCACAGAUGCAAAUGGGUGGCAUGGGGGGUGCGGCAGGAAUGCAGGGUAAUAGGGUCGGUAUGGGCCCGGGGCCCGGUGGCCAGAUGGUAGGCAUGAUGGGACCCAAUCAAAUGCAAGGUCCAGGACCCGGUGCUGGAAUGGUUGGCGGCAUGCCUGGCCAGAUGGGUGUCAACAUGGGACCCGGUGGCAUGAGCGGUGGCAAAAUGGUCGGAAUGGGCCCUCAACAGCAGCAGCAGCAGCAGCAAAUGGCUCAACUGAAUGCGAUGCAAAUGCAGCAACAGCAACAGCAACAGGGAGGCAUGUCUCAGCAGCAGCAACAGCAGCAGCAGCAAGGAGUGAUGGCUCAGGGACAGGGCGGUCCGGUUCAACAGAUGGCGGUCGGCCCUGGGGGCCCUAAUCAGAUGAACCCGAUGGUGAUGGGUCAAAUCCAGGCACAACUACAAAAUCAAAACACCAUGGGAGGACAACAGAUGGGUGCGGUAGUCGGGGGAGGUCUCAAUCCGGGAAAUCAGAUGGGUCCUAUGGUAGGUGCGAACAGUGGCAUGAACGCUCAAGCUAUGGGAAUGGGUCCAAAUCAGAUCCUUCAGCGCCAGCAGCAACAGCAGCAGCAACAGCAGCAGCAGCAGCAGCAGCAGCAGCAACAGCAGCAACAGCAACAGCAACAGCAACAGCAGCAGCAGCAACAACAGCAGGGAAUGCCACAAGUAGUUAACCCAAAUCAGGUGCAAAUGGGACUUGGCCCUGGACAGAUGAGUCAGCUGAAUGCUGGAGUGCAAGGUGGUGUUGGCCAUGGAGGCCCUGGACCUGGUAUGGGACAGGUAGUUGUCCAACAGCAACAACAGCAGCAAGCGCAACAAGUGCAGCAGCAGCAGCAGCAGCAGCAACACCAGCAACAUCAACAGCAGCAGCAUCAGCAGCUACAGCAGCAUCUGCAACAACAUCCUCAGCAACAGCAGCUUCAACAGCACCAACAACAGUUGCAGCAACAACAACAGCAGCAACAACAGCAUACUCCACAACUACAGCAACAGAUGCAGCAUCAGCAGCAUCAACAACAUCAGCAGCUUCAACAGCAACAGCAGCAGCAGCAGCAACAGCAGCAGCAGCAACAGCAGCAACAUCAGCAGCAUCAGCAACAGCAGCAUCAGCAACAUCAGCAACUCCCUCAGCAGCAUCCACAACAUCCGCAACAGCUCGCCCAACAGCAACACCAGCAAAUGCAACACGCUCAGCAUCCCCAGCAACUGCAUCAGCAACAGCAGCAACAGGUUCUGAUGAACGCGAUGGCCCAAGGAGGGGGCGGAGGGCCGGUCGGUGCAAUCGGAGGUCCGAUUGGUGGCCCGGGAGGUCCCGGUGGCGUUCCCAUGCAGCAAGCAUUGCAACAACAGGCCGCAGUCAUGGGGCCUAACGCCGUCGGUGGACCAAACCAGAUGAAUCCCAUGGGACCGGGUGGCGGUGGUGGUGGAGUGGCUGGUCCCGGCCAGGGCCAAAUGUUGGGUAGCGCUGGCGGAGGUGGUGGCCAGCAGGGUGGGUUCGUUGGAAUGGGCGGUAAUCCGAUGGUUCGUAAACCGCCCGAUAUGAUGCCGGGUGGAAACGUGUACCCGGGAGGUGGUGGCGCAGUUCGGAGUGUGACGCCGAAUAAUUUCCUGCGCCAGUCACCAUCACCCACCGUACCGUCGCCGGCGGGCCCCGGAGUGCACGGACCACCGUCGCAUCCGGGACAGCAGAUGAUCCCGUCACCGGCACUUAUUCCUUCGCCCAACCCGGUCGGUGGGAUGGGAAGCGUACCGCAGCGCUCGAUCGGUCAGUCCCCCGGGGCUUCUCUGAACACGCCCGGGCAGCCGGGAGGAGCCGUGCAGAGCCCGCUGAAUCCACAGGACGAGCAACUUUACCGGGAGAAGUAUCGCUCGCUGACCAAGUACAUCGAGCCACUGAAGCGCAUGAUAGCGAAGAUGGAAAACGAUGACAUCGAUAAGAUAGCGAAGAUGAAGCGUCUGCUGGAGAUUCUCAGCAAUCCGAGUGUGCGCAUUCCACUCGAAACACUGCACAAGUGCGAAGCGGCCCUGACCAGCCAGCUCGGUUCGAUCCGGGAGACACCGACCAACAAUCCGCUGGUCGAAGCCAUCUCUAGCACGCUGCAGAGCGCCAACGGAAACCUUACGCUCCAACGAACCUUCCGGCCCUGUCUGGAAGCGUUGUACGGGCCGGACAUUAAAAAUCUUCCACCACCGGCAAAGCAACCAAGGCUGCCGCAGGACGAUACGUCGUCCGGAGCGACUGUAGCGCCAGGAGGCGGAUCUUCCACUGGCACUGGGACAACUGGUGGAACGGGAGGCAUGGGUGGCAGCGGUAAUACGGGCGCGAGUGGUGGCACUAGCAGUAGCACACAGGAGAUUCCACACAUACUGCAAGUGGAAAUUGCUCGAUUGGAUCAAAAGUUCAAGGUGUCGCUCGACCAGUGCGCCAUCAAUGGCACCAAAACGAUCAAGCUCAUGAUCAAGCUGGACGAUAUGAACCUACCGUGCGUCCCACCGGUGGCGGUCACCAUCCCCGAGGACUAUCCGUACACCGCCCCGACCUGCUCGCUGAUCGACCAGGACUACAACGGCACGCCGUUCCUCAUACUGGUGCAGAAAUCGUUUAUGGCACGCAUCUGCAAGCUGCCCGGAUUUUUCACACUGUCCCAUCUGCUGGACACGUGGGAGAUGUCGGUGCGCCAAGCCUGCUCACCUAAUCCAACCAUCGUUACUCCUACCGCAACGAGUGUUCUGCUCGGAAUGUAAUGUGUGCAAAAUAUCUCGACCGAAUCUAGAAUAUACCAAUGGCUAGUUUUUUUUUUAUCGUAUGUAAUUAUCUUUUUUUUAAUAAGCAGUUACAAAAACCAGCCUAAAAUACAUUCACGUCCUAUACAUUUUGUUUGACACUAAACUCUUGAGUAUGUUUGAGAUCAUAUUCGGGAGUUAAAUAAUUGCACAAUCUUUCAUUUCCACCAGACUCCGAACAUUGUUCUAAUGUUGACAAAAGAAAAUUUAGUGUCGCUAAAGUAAGCAAGAACAGUUUUUGAACGUGUAAAAUUGCAACUAGAAGGGCAUGACUUUGCCUCCAUUUUGCCCAUUUACUUUUUAUGUUCAGUUCAAUCAUACGCAAUCAUAUUCAUUGCUGUUUUUGAAAGUCAUUCAUUGCUGUUUCAUCGAAGUAUUUUUUUCUCAUAUUUCUGCUUAAAUAUCGGUUUCAAGCAUGGGUUUUAUUAUUUUAUUUAUUAUAUUCUUCAUUUCUAUGAUAGUUAUUGAACAAAUGUAGUAAGAAGUUUAUUU